AUGACGCUCGUCAAAGCCACCAGCAACAAGCCCCUCAAAGGCCACAAAGCCAUCAUCCUGCUCAACUCAGAGCCGCCCGAGGACCAAAUUGACGCUAUAAAGACACAAUUCCCGGAUCUUAUAAUCAAGGCAUUCUCUGAAAAGAAGCAUGGCGAGCCUCUGGAGCCGGCCUUUGAUGAGAAGGAGUGGGAAGAUACUAACAUCAUCUUAACUGCUGUGGCAACAUCUCAUCUGCUUCCGAAACCGGAGCAGGCGCCUCAUCUGCAGUAUGUCCAGCUUACCAGUGCAGGAGCGGACCAUAUGAUGGAUAAACCUAUUUUCACCGAUACGAAGAUUCCUGUUUGUACGGCUAAUGGCGUCCACGGGCCUCAAAUUGCCGAGUGGGUUAUUGGAACUUAUCUGGCCCAUCGACUUCGCUUGAAGGAAUAUUCGAAACUUCAAGAUGAAGGUAAAUGGAAGCGCAUCAGCAAGAACGAUGAAGAUACAGCCGGCAAGCGAAUCGGAAUCCUAGGCUACGGCAGUAUAGGCCGUCAAACAGCUCGUGUCUCCAAAGCACUAGGUCUGGAUGUCCACGCCUACACCCUCCAUCCACGCGACACUCCAUCCUCCCGCCGCGAUGAGUCCUACUCUCCACCCGGUCUCGGCGACCCAGAGGGCGAAUUCCCCAGUAAAUGGUUCUCCGGCGGCUCUACAGAAGAGAUCCACGCAUUUCUAGACUCAGGGCUCGACAUCCUCGUCAUUGCUUUACCUCUUACCGAGAAAACCAAAGAUCUCAUAUCCAAACCUGAGUUUGAAAUCUUUGCCAAGAGGGGAACCUUCUUGAUUAAUAUUGCAAGAGGACCCAUUGUUAACACAGAUGAUCUCAUUGAGGCGUUGAAUAACGAGGUUAUUUCUGGUGCGGCGUUGGAUGUUACGGAUCCUGAGCCUUUGCCGGAGGGACACCCGCUUUGGGGAGCUAAGAAUGUGACUAUCACGCCUCAUGUUAGUGGAAACUCGUCUUUCUAUUACAAGAGGCUGUUUGAUAUCUUUAGGUUGAACUUGGAGAGGCUUGAGGAGGGAAGGGAGGAUCUGAUUAACAUGGUCAAUAGGCGGGAAGGAUAUUGA